AUGGCGGCGGCGGUGUCGCUGCUCCUCCUGUGGCCGCUGUUGCUGCUCCUGGCGGCGGCGGGGGCGGCGGGAGAGGCCGAGGCUGCGGCCCGGGGACAGGCCCGGGGACAGGCCGGCGUGUUCCAGCCCGCGUCCGCGCUCACACAGUUCCAGUUCGGGGCGGCGGCGGCAGCGGCGGCGGCAGCGGCGGCGUCCGGGGCCCAGCGUGAGGACGGGCGGGGAACGGUGGCCGGAACCGGGGGAGAGGUCCAGCGAGAGGCCGAGGCCCAGCGAGAGGCCGAGGCCCAGCGUGAAGGAGCGGGGCCUGGGCCUCGGGUAGAGCCCCAGCCCCAGCGUGAGGGCCCAAGCCCCGGGGUAGAGGCCGAGGGAGGGAGGCCUGGGCCUGGGGUAGAGGCUGAGCCCCAGGGUGAGGGCCCCAGCCCCGGGGUGGACGUGCUGGAGCCCCCGCUGCUGCUGUGGUGGAGCGGGCAGCUGUUCCCGCACCUUCCCCGCCGCACACAGCGCAUCGAUUGCCGGGCCGGGCCGUGUGUGUCGAGCCGCCGCCGCCGCCACCAGGGCCGCGCCGCCGCCAUCAUCGUGUACGGCACCGAGCUCCGCGCCUACGAGGCUCCGCUGCCUCGGGCCGCCCGCCAGGCCUGGGCCCUCUUCCACGAGGAGUCGCCCAUGAACAACUACCUGCUGGCCCACGCCGCCGCCAUCCGCCUCUUCAACUACACGGCCACCUUCCGCAGGCAUUCCGACUACCCGCUGUCCCUGCAGUGGCUGCCCGGCCUACCCUACCUCUGCCACCCGCCAACACUCUCCCUCGGGCACAAGCAACAGGCCCGCAGCCGCGGCCUUGCCCCCGUCCUCUACAUGCAGUCACACUGCCAGGUGGCCGCCGACCGCGACCGCUAUGUCCAGCAGCUCAUGCAACACCUACAGAUUGACUCCUAUGGCCAGUGCCUGCAGAACAAGGAGCUGCCCAAUCAGCGGCUGGUGGACACUCUGACAGCGACCACAGAAGAUCCAGAGUUCAUGGAAUUCAUCAGCAAGUACAAGUUUCACCUUGCCAUGGAGAAUGCGAUCUGUGAUGACUACAUGACUGAGAAACUGUGGCGGCCCAUGCACUUGGGAGUGGUGCCGAUAUACCGCGGGUCCCCUGUGGUGCAGGACUGGUUGCCCAAUUCCCACUCUGUAAUUCUGAUCGACGACUUCCAAUCUCCCAAAGACCUGGCAGACUAUAUCAAUUACUUGGAUCAGAAUGACGAGGAAUACAUGAAGUAUCUGGAGUAUAAAAAGCCAGGUGGCAUCACUAACACUGUACUGGUGGAGAGUUUGGAGAAGCGGGAGUGGGGCGUGAAUGACUUUAACAAGCCCAACUAUUUGAACGGAUUUGAAUGCUAUGUUUGCGAUCAGGAGAACAUGCGCCUGCAGGCAGAGAAGGCUCACCAGGAGCAACCUGAUAAAUUCCCCCCACCAGCCCCCAAGAUGGCUGCGUAUAAUCACUUGGGAUGCCCCGUCCCAGAGCCUGGGUUUGGAAGCUUCGAUGACAUCCCUGACGAUGACAGUUGGAAACAAAUGUGGCAGCAAGACUACUGGCAGAGUGCCGACCAAGCUGAAGCAUUGGCUACUAUGAUUCUCCGCAAUGAAUCCGAUGCCAGUAAACUGUGGGAUUACGUCCAUCAAUUGAUGAUGAAGAGGAGCAAACACUAACGCUGGGAUUAAAGCUAUUUGCAAAUCCUACUUAAAAAUCAUGCCAGCAAAGGACAUACACUGCCCAUCAUGUGUGACUGGACGAUCAUGUUGACAUAUAUAGAUCCAUUUUCAUUGAGAACAAUUUCUUACGAUUUUAUAUAUUUCUAAAAAGCAUCUUGUAUUCAAUAUGUUUAUAAUUGUACAAAAGUAGCAGCUUUUUAUACUGUUACGUGUUUCAUCGUCUAUUUUGUAAUACAGAAGUCAGAUCAGAGGUCAGAUUCGGUGCACUUUUAAUGUAUCUCCACUCACGCUGACUUCUGUUCUGCCAGCUGACCUGUGAAGUCAGGACCAAGUGUAAUCUCAGACGAACCAGGAUAAGAAAUCUAAUGGCUAGAUAAACCAAAACGCACAUAUAUGAUGUAAUCCUCAUAAAAACACAAAGUGCUGGAGUAGCUCAGUGCGUGAGCCAGCAUUGCUGGAGAACAUGGAUAGGCGACGUUUUGGGUCUGUAUAAAUGUUUCGAUCAGGACCCUUCUGA